GUGAAGUCUGAUCCGGGAUGCGGAGGUCCAAUCGAAUGAUGGGCCCAAAUCCCGCGAGAACAGGUGGCGCGUAGCCACCGACAAGGCUAAGGAUCGCGGAGCUCUCCAAAAUUCCUGUUCGCCCGCCUCGCCUCGCGAGGCCUGGGGGCGGGGGGCUGUUUUCUGUCCUAACCCGGGAGCAGAAAGAAGGCACUGCUGGGUUUCUCCAGUUCUGCGUCCGGAUCCGUGCGAACUUACGGCGGUCUCUGCCGUUCCGCAGGCCCGGCAGCUGGUAGCCGGCGGGAAGAGGAUUGCCUGGCCGCGGCCGAUGUUUGCCGUGCUUCCUCUGCAGUAUGAAGACCCCGGAGGCGCCAGUGUUAGCUCCGGACUGCCUUCCUUCAGACCAGGCCCCAGCUGCAGCCCGUCUCUCUCCUCAGGCUUCCUCGAUGGAUGAAAAUACGAACCCUGAACAGACGCCACCGCCACCCGAUGGGGAUGAUCCGCCCCGGAUAUCCCCGGAUCCUGGAGCUGGCUCGGCCGUGUCCCAGGAGCUGGGGGAAGGGGACCCAGCUUCUCUCUCCACUCCGUUGGAAGCUGAGUUUGGUACUCCUAGUGAGUUGAGCCCUCGAAUCGAGGAGCAAGAACUUUCUGAAAAAGUGAGCCUUCCUGCAGAAGAAACGAACAAGCCAGAGUUGGGGCCGGGAGAAGACAUGGAAGAUGUGUCUGAGGAACCCGCUCCAGAGGAUGAGGGAUACACCACUUGGAACUACAGCUUCUCGCAGCUACCCCGGUUUCUUAGCGGUUCCUGGUCAGAGUUCAGCACCCAACCUGAGAACUUCUUGAAAGGCUGUAAGUGGGCCCCUGAUGGUUCCUGCAUCCUGACCAAUAGUGCUGAUAACGUCCUGCGGAUUUAUAACCUGCCCCCAGAGCUGUACAGUGAGGGGGAGCAGCUGGAAUACGCAGAAAUGGCCCCUGUCCUUCGGAUGAUGGAAGGCGACACCAUCUAUGACUACUGCUGGUAUUCCCUGAUGUCUUCAGCCCAGCCAGACACCUCCUACGUGGCCAGCAGCAGCCGGCAGAACCCGAUUCACAUCUGGGACGCCUUCACUGGAGAGCUCCGGGCUUCCUUUCGCUCCUACAACCACCUGGACGAGCUGACGGCGGCCCACUCGCUCUGCUUCUCCCCCGAUGGCUCCCAGCUCUUCUGUGGCUUCAACCGGACAGUGCGUGUCUUUUCCACAUCCCGGCCCGGCCGCGACUGCGAGGUCCGAGCCACGUUUGCAAAAAGGCAGGGCCAGAGCGGCAUCAUCUCCUGCAUAGCCUUCAGCCCAACGCAGCCCCUCUAUGCUUGUGGCUCCUACGGCCGCUCCCUGGGUCUGUACGCCUGGGAUGAUGGCUCCCCUCUCGCCUUGCUGGGAGGGCACCAAGGGGGCGUCACCCACCUCUGCUUUCACCCUGAUGGCAAUCGCUUCUUCUCAGGAGCCCGCAAGGAUGCUGAGCUUCUGUGCUGGGAUCUCCGGCAGCCUGCGAAUCCAUUGUGGUCCCUGAGUCGUGAAGUGACCACCAAUCAGCGCAUCUACUUUGAUCUGGAUCCGACCGGGCAGUUCCUGGUGAGCGGCAGCACGAGCGGGGCUGUCUCCGUGUGGGACACCAGUGGGGCCGGGCAUGAGGGGAAGCCGGAGCCAGUGCUGAGCUUUCUGCCCCAGAAGGACUGUACCAAUGGAGUGAGCCUGCACCCCAGCCUGCCUCUGCUGGCCACGGCCUCCGGUCAGCGUGUGUUUCCUGAGCCCACAGAGAGUGGAGACGAGGGGGAGGAGGAGGACCUUCCCCUGCUCUCCAUGCGCCACGUCCACCUUGAAUGUCAGCUUCAGCUCUGGUGGUGUGGAGGGGGCCCAGACCCCAAUAUCCCUGGCGCUCCCCAGGACGCGAAAGGACAGGGAGGGACAGAGGAGGGUGGGGGCGAGUUUAUAUAAAAAGGUUUUCUAUGA